AUGCUGAUAAAUGUAUUGUACGGAAUAGAAGAAAAAGGAACGUAUGAUCGUGUUCUCGCUCUAAUGCCAAUUUCUCUAGGAGCUGUACCGUACACGCUUAGUUGGCAACAUGGUGGACGACUUGGGAGAAAAUUGAUAUUUGAGCAAGUGAAGGAUGCAAUUGAACAGGGUGAUACCUGGCUCCACUUUUCUUUUUCAGAGUACCUUGAAGCAAAGCAAGAAUUCAAUGAUGGGCAAGUGCGGGAUUUUGUGGUUUAA